AUGGGAGGUGAAAGAGAGGCGCGUCCGGAAGUGACGCAGGCACGGUUCAGGAAGCAGGAGCGUCAGGAGCUGCCUGAGAGGAGAAGAUGUGAGUCCGCUGGUGGCCUUCUUGCGCCGUCUCGGUCUGUGCUGUCCGCCCGCCGCUAACCGCGCUCUGUCUCCUUUUCCCCUUCGCAGGGCCAAGGUCACCUUUAAGGUCACGCUCACCUCAGACCCGCGGCUGCCUUACAAAGUGUGAGUCCCCCCCUUUCUGUCAGCUGCCUCUCGCUUUCCUGGUGCGCAUGCGCGGGCUGCUGAGCCACGUCAUUCUCUAGCGGGCGGAGGGGCGGGGCUUUUCUCUGCGACGCUACAGUUUAGUCAGCCUCUGCCGGGAACCGCCAGAGGGCGCUCCAAGACGGCUCAUAAUAAUCUAGGGGUAACCGUAGGCGCACGGGUGGCGCUGUGGGUUAAACCACUGAGCCUUGGACUUGCCAAUCAGAAGGUCGGCGGUUCGAAUCCCCGUGACGGGGUGAGCUCCCGUUGCUCGGUCCCUGCUCCUGCCAACCUAGCAGUUCAAAAGCACCUCAAAGUGCAAGUAGAUAAAUAGGUACCGCUCCGGCGGAAAGGUAAAUGGCGUUUCCGUGCGCUGCUCUGGUUCGCCAGAAGUGGCUUAGUCCUGCUGGCCACAUGACCCGGAAGCUAUAUGCCAGCUCCCUCGGCCAGUAAAGCAAGAUGAGAGCACAACCCCAGAGUCAUCUGCGACUGGACCUAACGGUCAGGGGUCCCUUUACCUUUAACCGUAUAUUAUGCCAUACUUGACUCUGCAGGCAAUCUCAGUAUUCCGUGCAACAGUCCUGUAAGAUGUCAACAUUAUUCCACAUGCCAUAUUUUAUUUUGUUGUGGCCUGUCUUCUCCAGCAAUUUAGGGAAUUAGGUUUUGAGCGGAACUGGCUUGGUCUGCCCUUUACCUUAAAUAUAGUGAAAAAGGGGGAUAUGCAGGAAGAGCAAGUAGCAGCCUUUCUUCCUCCCGGCUUUUAGACCUGUGGCCGACUUAGGGAAUGUAUUGUGAAAAUCAGCUGCUAACUAGAGAUUUGUAGCUGCUGGAAUGCUUCUUUCUUGUUAAUUGGGGAACUAAUUAGGAAAUCUUAUUUAUGGUUUUCUGUAGACUGAGUGUGCCUGAAAGUACACCAUUUACUGCUGUCUUGAAGUUUGCUGCAGAAGAAGUAAGUAAGGUUCUGGCAACAUCCAAAUUGCACCUGCUGUUGCAUUUCUUUACGUGUUUAUGUUUUUAAAAAAUGUAUUAUAUUUCCUUUUCAACUAGUUCAAAGUGCCUGCAGCAACAAGUGCCAUCAUAACAAAUGGUGAGUGUUUUCCCUCUGUAAUUUAGGAAACUUUGAGGUAGACCUGGUGCCAGUGGCCAAGAUGUUCAGGCAUCUCUUCAGGUGUCCAAAACCAGUGCUAGACCAGGUUCCAUCUAUUUUAAUAGGACUAAUGCGGGAGAAAUUCCAGUUGAUUCUGCCUAGGAAGUUCAUGCUUACCAAUGUUUGUAGGCUUCUGUGAUGCAACAGCAAGCUUCCUUUUGGUUAUUGAGAGGAGUUGCUGGUUAAUACUUCCAUGUGUUGACUGACUUAUUUACUUUCCUCCCACAGAUGGAAUAGGGAUAAACCCUGCACAGACAGCUGGUAAGUAGUUAUUUGCAGUUAGAUUUUUAAAAAUGGAAUAUUUUUCUAUGUAAGUUUUUUAAUACUGUCAUUUUCUCAAAAGGAUGUACAGUCAUAGGAAAAGGAAAGUACACCCUCUCUGAAUUCUUUGGUUUUACAUAUGAGGACAUAACAACAACUACCUGUUCCUUAGCAGGUCUUAAAAUUAGGUAAAUACAACCUCAGAUGAACAACAGCACAUGACAUACUGCACUGUGUCAUGAUUCAUUUAACAGAAAUAAAGCCAAAAUCGAGAACCCGUGUGUGAAAAACUAAGUAUACCUUAUUUUUCAAUAGCUUGUAGAACCACCUUUAGCAGUAAUUACUUGAAGUAAUUUUUUUCUGUAUGACUAUCAAUUGCUCAAAACGUUGUGGAGGAAUCUGGGCUCCAUUCUUCUUUAUAACAUUGCUUCAGUUCAUUGAAGUUUGCUGGCAUUUGUUUAUGGAUAGCUCUCUUAAGGUCCCUCCACAGCAUUUCAGUUGGGUUGAGGGCUGAACUUUGACUGGGUCAUUGCAACACCUUGAUUAUUUUCUUUUUCUGAUGAUAAUUGCUUAUGAUCAAUUAAACAAGGGUGUUUGAUUAGCAGCAGCUAUCUGCUACUUAGCUUCUUAAUUCCUCUGGAAGCAGUAAGGGUGUGCUUAGUUUUUCACACAUGGCUUUUCCAUUUUGGCUUUAUUUUUGUAAAAUACAUCAUGACAUGGUGCAAUAUUUAAUUAAUUUUAAGUAAAUAAUAUUAUUAAGUAACUAUUACUGGUAAGAUUAUUGUUAUUAUGUCCUCAUAUGUAAAACCACAGAAUUCAAAGAGGGUAUACUUUCUCUUUCUUUUUCCCAUGACUGUAAGCUGCAGAUGAGCUAUGCAAGUGACAUUUAAAAAAAUCUCAGCCAGACCUCUUUAGCUUUCCUGUAACCAGCCUGGUCAGAAUCUUUAAUUUUGUCAUCUCUUCUUAGGCGUUAGCAAGAGAAUGCAGCAAAAGUGUCUUAACACAUUACAGAGAACUGUUCACAUGCAUCUGCUGUGACCUGUCAGACUAGAACAAGUUGCCUUCAUGGCUUACUUCCAAUAACAGCAAGUCAUUUACCCAAAGCCUUACCUUGGCUUACAGUGAUUUAUGCUUACCUUUUAUGUACUCUCAUGUAACCAAUUUCUUGCCCCCCUUCCUCACUAGGAAACGUCUUCCUUAAGCAUGGCUCAGAAUUACGGCUUAUUCCCAGAGAUCGUGUUGGGAAAUGUUAA